AGGGGGAGUACGCAAAGGCAGCCACCACACAGUAGCCAAGGUUGAGUCUUUUCGAAUUCUGGCUCAAUCCCAUCGCGCAUUAAGGACGCCCGCGUUAGUAAAUAAUGACGAGCCAAAAGUUUGCUUCGGGUUCGAAGGGCCUCAUUAAGAGACAUAGUACAUCCGCCAUGAAUUCAACAAACCACAAGACACCAGCGCCUCAUAUGUGUUAUAUUCUUUUCUUAUCUGCAUUAUCUAUGUUGACAAUCCUUCAUUUGCGGGUGCUUGUCUUUACGGCCGGUUUACCUGGUUUGUAUCUCAAACAAAGACGUGCCAACGAUGGAACUUCAUUCUGGGUCUCAUGAUCCUUCGGUAUAUGCUAACAAUGUUCGCGGAUGGAUCUGGC